AUGGCGCUGGUGGGACGCAGGCAGCCGCUGCUGUUGCUCGUUGGGCGUGGGCUCAAGGAGGCGUGGAGGAUCAAGACGGCAGACGCAGCAUACGGCAAAUCCGAGGGGGGGAGGAACACCUGGAUCUCGCACGCUCGCUCCUUCUCUUCCAAGUCACCCAAACCACAGAGCAUCCUUCGUCCGCAGCUGAGCUUCGACGCCCUGCAGAAGAAAGCAGACGAGGGAGACGUUCAGUCCAUGUUCCUGCUGGGCUCUGCCUACUUGAAGGGUCAGCUCGGGGCGAAGAAGGACUAUGACAAGGCCCGGAUGAGGUUUGAGCAGGCGGCGGAGCAUGAGCACAAGCAGGCCUUGUUCAACCUGGGGGUGAUGUACCUCGAGGGGCAGGGAGUGACGGCCGAUGCUCCUAGAGCGAGGCUCAGUACAACCUCGGCAACUGCUACCAUGCUGGCACUGGAGUGGAUAAGGACGAGGAGGCAGCGAUGGAGCAGGCAAGCGCCUGACAGGGAGGCGCGUCAGGGGGACCACAAGGCCUGUCUCCGUCUCGCCCUCGCCUACAUCUCCGGGGAUGGGGUCAACCAGGACAGCCAGGCAGCGCGACAGAUUCUGCAACGACCGGCCUUCGACGGAAACGCUGAAGCCCAGUUCUUGCUGGGAUAUCUCUUGUUGAACAUCGAGGAAGCGUCAGAGCAAAACAUCAAAGACGCGUCCUUCAAUCUGGAAAGCGCAUCUUCAAAAGGCUUUAUUGCCGCUAAACAUUAUCUUGGCAUGUGCCUUCUCAAGGGACAUAGACUCGAAGCAGACAUGUCAAGGGCAAGCUCUCUCCUGCAAGAAGCAGCACUGGCAGGGCACGGACAGUCCGCAUAUGAGCUUCACAAGAUGUACAAAGAGGGCAAGAAUCUCGACGCUGAGAGUCGCAAGUGGCUUGAGAGAGCUGCUGAGCUGGGGGUGAAGGAAGCCUUGACCGAGUGA